AUGGCCGGAGACCCGUCGCCGUCGCCGUCGCCGCCCGGAUCCCCCGCCAAGCACCGCCGCCGCCGGGAGCGCGACGACGCGGACCCCGCCCCCGACGCCUCCCCGAAGCGCCGCAGGCACCACCACCGCCACCACCACCGCUCCCACCGCCACCGCCGUCCGGACGACGCCCAGCCCCCGCCGCCCUCUGCGGCCGACGGAGAAGACGUCGAGGAGGGGGAGAUACUAGACGAUGCCGGCGCCGGCGCCCGGGAAAUCUACUUACCUUUUGACGUGUUUCAAGUGCAGGAGCUAGUCGGUGAUCAUGCUGGCACCAACUCGGCCGUUGACGUGACGCAGCCUAGUCAUUCUCCGCCCUCAAAAGAUGAAGGCAGGUUGAAUCACACUGCUCGUGGCUCUGAAAGCGUAGGUAUCUUUUCAGGUGAUGAGGAUAAUAAUGGUAAAGGACAUGAACAGAGUCACAGGGUGUCAAAGUCUCCACGGCCGACAAAGGACAGGGGAAGGAACCAUGAGGACGAGCGUCAAACUCUGUCCUCUAAUAACGAUUCUCAUCAGAGAGAUCACACCACCAAGAGAUCUCCUUCCUCCAGGAACCACAUUGAAGAGGUUCAUUCUAGGAAUCACCCAAGGUCCGGAGAAGCUGAUGCCAAAGCUAAUGGUUCGCGGGCAAGUCCAAGGGCUGACCCUGAUCGUGACAACAACGACAGGAAUGGUUUUGGUAGGCAUGCAACUAGGACACGGGAAGACGACAGAGAAAGGAGCAGCAGUCGUGUUGUUCGUGAUGGACAUAGUGAUAGGCGUGAUAGCCGGGAAAGAUAUAUGGAUGAAAGAAGGCACAGCAGCAUAGAUAGAGACAAUGUUGAUCGUAGGCACAGAGAAAGGAGCAGCAGUCAUAGUAGACCUGACAGAAGGGAGAGCGCACACCACACUCGUGAAGAAAGCAGGGAGAGGGAAAGGCGAAGUGGUAGCUCAAGGCAUAAAGACCAUCAUAAAAGGGAUACAAGCAAGGAUCGUUAUAAAGAUUAUGUCACGGUUGCUACUGGACAUGAAAGGGAUAAAGUGAGAGAUGAUAGAGACAGGGGCCGGCACAGGGAUAGAGAAAGUGAAACUCGUAGAAGUGGAGCUGGAGAACGCAAGGACAGAAUUAGCAGUAGUGAUAGACACAAGGACUCUACACGCUCGAAAUAUAGCACGUCUGAUGCUCAUAAAGACAGGUCAAGAUCUGGGGAGAAAGGUAGAGAUGUAGACAGCAGAAGCCAUCGAUCUAGAGAAGUGAAGGAACAUUCUUUCAAGGAGGAAGAUGAAGAAGAGUAUCAAGAGAAAAUUGAGCAACAGUUAGCAAUGCAGGAAGAAGAUGACCCUGAAAAAAUUAAGGAGGAAGCGAGGAGAAGGAAAGAAGCUAUUAUGGCGAAAUAUAGGCAGCAACAAGCACAGAAGCAGCAACCGGAAUCUUUACCUAGAAGCAAUGAUGAAGAAGCAAGAGCAGUGGAUAAAGAUGAGACUGUAGAUAUGAAAGGUGAUAAUGAUAGCAAUUCUACGGACAACGAGGAAGCUGAAAAUAAGCAGGACUCUUCAGAUGCAUUUGUUGGUGAGGCAGACUUCAAUGUGGGUAAGUCCCCUGCUCAUGAUGCUGUUUUAGCCUGUGCUGAAGCAUUGGGCAAUGAGGGGACAACAGGUGUUUCAGGCCUUGGAGAGGGUACUCCAAAGAGUGAGAGAUCGGCAGAUAUGUUUUGUGAUGACAUCUUUGGAGAGUCACCUGCAGGAUUUCGGAAAUUGGGCAAGGGAGACGGCUUGUGUAUUGAGAAAAAUGCUCUGCAUGAUAAUUGGGAUGAUCCUGAGGGUUACUAUACUCAUCGAUUUGGGGAAUUGUUGGAUGGCCGUUAUGAAAUUACAGCCGCGCAUGGGAAGGGGGUGUUCUCAACAGUCGUGCGGGCAAAGGAUCUUAAAGCUGGGAAAGAUGAUCCUGAAGUAGUUGCUAUUAAAAUUAUUCGCAAGAACGAGACAAUGUAUAAGGCUGGUAAGCAAGAGGUUUCAAUAUUAGAAAAAUUGGCAAGCGCGGAUCGUGAGGACAGGCGCCACUGCGUGCGGUUCAUUUCUAGUUUCAUGUACCGGAACCAUCUUUGCUUAGUUUUUGAAUCUUUAAAUAUGAAUCUCCGUGAGGUACUAAAGAAAUUUGGUCGCAAUAUUGGGCUUAAACUGACUGCUGUGAGGGCAUAUUCAAAGCAGCUUUUCAUCGCUCUGAAGCACCUGAAAAACUGCAAAGUUCUGCACUGUGAUAUAAAGCCAGACAAUAUGCUGGUGAAUGAUGCUAAGAAUGUCCUGAAGCUAUGCGAUUUUGGCAAUGCUAUGCUUGCUGGAAUGAAUGAGGUCACGCCUUAUCUUGUCAGCCGUUUCUAUCGGGCACCUGAGAUCAUUCUUGGGUUGCCCUAUGAUCACCCAUUGGACAUCUGGUCAGUCGGCUGCUGCCUAUAUGAACUUUCUACUGGAAAGGUCCUGUUUCCAGGUGCAACUAAUAAUGAUAUGCUUCGUCUUCAUAUGGAACUGAAGGGCCCCUUCCCUAAGAAGAUGCUCCGAAAGGGUGCUUUCACGAUGCAACACUUUGACCAAGAUCUCAAUUUUAACGCUAUUGAGGAAGAUCCUGUGACCAAAAAGCCUAUGAGGAAGUUGAUUCUUAACAUCAAACUGAAGGAUUUUGGUUCUUUGGUUUCAAAUUUUCCUGGCGAGGACCCAAAAAUGCUCUCCAAUUUUAAAGACCUUCUUGAAAAAAUAUUUGUCUUAGAUCCAGAUAAGAGGAUAACCGUAUCACAGGCACUUAGCCAUCCAUUUAUCACUGGCAAAUCUGAGUGCGUGCCAAAUGGACGAAGCAUGGGGUUGCUGAAGAGAUGCUGUCUUACGGACCUUGCUGCAUGCACUUACCAUUUGGAUAGUUCUGUUGCUUGGUUUCUGCCAGGGCCUCUGCUGCAUGCACUUAUAUAUCCUAAAGGACCAACAGAAGAAGGUACCCUGGUUGUUAUCUGGGUAACUUGUGUGUUUGAACACCAUAUAACAUUAUUUCCCCCCUAUUGA